CCGGUAACUGGGGACCGUCACCCCUGCAACAAACGGAACUAGGAAGUGUCCAAACUUAAGAUAACGAGCGUAGCUGGCCAGUGCAGUUCUGGUUUAAUUAGUUGCGACACUUGCGGAUAUUGACAAAAUGUGAUUUGACAGUUUUUAGUUUCACAUGUCAAGAAAUACGGUAUGCAGAUACAACGAUUGCUUUUUUGAAGCAGCGAAACAAACGAGAAGAUGGAGGAACAGGAAAGGGAUACUUUUCUCACUGCACCCGAGUCCAAAGCGGCGUCGAGUCCAGCUGUCAGCACUGGGACACGGCCCAAAGUUAAAGAUGGGGGACUGCAGCCAGUGGAGAAGAGAGGCCCCUACAUCAUGUCUAAAGCUCCCGCCAUUCAUCAAAAACUGCAGAAGCACAGGGAGCUGGUCCGGAAGGUUCUGAAGAAGAAAGGCCUGAUGGCCGGGGUUCCCGUGAUGCAGCAGCCCGGACAUGGUGCAAAGAGAAGUGUGAAGUUCAAUAAGGGCUAUGCUGCUUUGAGCCAGAACUCUGAGGAUACCCUAGUGUCCCUGGACUCUGACAGUGAUGUGGAGCUGGAAUCUCAAUAUUCCUCUGGAUACUCCUCAGCCGAGGUGCACCCUGACCUGAGCAGGCAGCUCCUGAAGGACGGCUACCGCCUGGAUGAGAUCCCAGACGACGAGGACCUGGACCUCAUCCCCCCGAAAGCCAUGGGCUCCUCGGUGUGCUGCUGCACAGACGUGCCCUCCUGCUGUGUGCAGUGAGCUUCGCCCUGCCACCCUCCCCCUUCCCGCAUCCCCACGAGUGCCGCCCCGCUCUACAGCACGCAAAAACCACCAGCCCCUUUCCCAGCCCGCUCUGUGCAGGCGUGUUUACCUCCCGGAGAAACCAAAGCAACCCCUGCCUCGCUCCGUCAAGGCCAGCGGUGUUACUGACAGUCACUUUAGGGCCCGGUUAGAUUCGAACAACGCGAACGGAUGGACCAGACACCGUGUGAGUCUUGCCCCUUGUACUCUACCGCUCACAUGUGAGUGUACUGGUGAUUGCGCUCUCCUAUAGUCAGGGUAUACAUUCACAAAAUAUGACUUUGCAGUAGCCAUGCAGAGGCAAGAUUGUGCCUUGCUAGGCGAGUACAAUCCGCAACCAGCAGUUGCUUUUUUGUAUAGUUAAAUUUGGUGGCUUUGUUGUACCUCGAAUCUCAUCCCACCAGUACAUGAAUACCGUUUGGAUUUAGGCUUUAAUGUGGAAAGUGAAGGAAUAUUGAGGAGGUGUCUGGUUAAGGGUUGUUGGCUUCUGAAAUACUAUGAAGCCUUCAAGGUGAGAAAAGACUGCCCCGGGAUCAGGAGCCUGUAAAGCGAAGGUUGUGUUUAUCAGUGAGUGUUAAUGGAGCUGUUUGUGAUGAAAGGGGGCCCUGCUCUGAGCUCUUGUGUUUUGAAGCAACAGUGGUGCUCAGGCUGGUGUUCAGGUCAGCCCAUAGAAUAGUGGUGCUCAGGCUGGUGUUCAGGUCAGCCCAUAGAACAAUGGUGCCAAUAUUGUGAUGUGAUUCAUGGGACCCCACAGGACAGUGGUGCCCUAGCAGUGAGCCGCAAGAUACACCUGGAAAAAAACACAUUUCACAAGCCUUCACAGCAGUAAAAUCAAACAUUGCAUGCUUUCUUUUGCAGUACAUAAGUUACAUGCAGUUUUUAGACCUUACAGUCUUUUGAAUCGGAGUAUGUUUUAAGAGUGUCUUCGGUUUGGGAACCGAGCAAGCAAGCAAAAUGGGAGCGUAGUCUCAGUUUGAUGGCCUCUGGAGUUUUAUAGCUACUUGUGGGAGUGUCCCAUCUGUGAAGAUGUCUAUUACACUAAAUAUAAUCUUUACAAAAUGGAUGCCAUUUUAAAGCACUGACUCCUUGUGAUUCUAUUACUGUGUGCUUAUUUUGUGUUCCUUUUUGCAAUGCGCAAUACCGACCUGCAGGGGGCACUGUGUCCUAGAGCACAGAGGUUUUCUGUUUCGCGGAAAACGCUUUCUGAAAACACAGGAUAGGCCGCAUUCCCUGGGUUUGUGACGGAUUCUGCGAAUGCCUGAGGGCCGAAAAGCUUCCUGUCAACAAACGCAAACAUUUGUACCUCUCCAUACCAGGGAGCCCCGGGCUUUUAGUAAGGCAGCUCAUACUCAUUUGCUUCUUGUAGCUUCAUUCAGUGUUACAUUACCCAAUGCAGAAAGUGGUAACGGUCAGACAACUGCAGAACAAUUUGUGACUGGGCAAAUUAAUUAGUCUUGUAUUUCCCCCCCCCCAAAGACUGUGUGGCUGUACUGUGCUAUGGGGAAUUAGUCUUUUUAAAGUCUGCAAAUUAAGACUUCGUGUUUAUGCUAGUGUUUCUCCUCUUGUUAAAUAUGUCAAUAUUUUACUUGUCUCACAGUGCAGUCAGCUGCCAGCCCACUCUUGCCUGUACUAUGCAACAAACGAGACAAUCUUUUUCUUUACGUACACGUUACUUGUUUAAAAGAUACUAAAGUGUUACAGAGUGCUGAAUGCAAUAACUUGAACUAUUCUUUUCAUGUUACAGAAACACUAAUCUUUGUAUAUUUAAUUAUUGAAUAUUGUUUUGCUAUCAUGAAUAAAGUUUUAUGUGGA